AAAUAUUCUAGAAUAUUGGGUCGGACUUGUUUUGGUAGCCGAGAUGAAUUGUGGCCCAAAUCAAAUGAACGGCUAGAGACAAACCUAACUGACAAACAUUCGCUUCUUUCUUCCGCGACGGCGCUACUCCAUCUCCGGCGACGCAACCGUUCUCUCCGUCACCGAGCACACGGGCGCAACUCUCUCUGGUGAAUCAGUGGUUGGAAGAUGAAUUCGAAUCUGCCGCAAUCGAGUUCUAGCGAAGGAAGGGAAGAUGAUGAUUCUUCACUCUCUGAAUUCUUAGCUUCCUUGAUCGAUUAUACUCCCACUAUACCUGAUGAGUUGGUUGAGCAUUACUUGGCUAAGAGUGGCUUUCAAUGUCCUGAUGUUAGAUUGACUAGAUUAGUAGCCGUUGCCACUCAGAAGUUUGUUGCAGAAGUUGCAGGCGAUGCUCUCCAGCAUUGCAAAGCAAGGCAAGCACAAAUUCCAAAAGACAAAAGGGACAGGCAACAGAAGGAGAGACGCCUAGUUAUGACAAUGGAAGAUCUAUCGAAGGCACUACGUGAGUAUGGUGUGAAUAUAAGGCACCAAGAAUAUUUCGCCGACAGCCCUUCUACUGGAAUGGACCCUGCUACUCGAGAUGAAUGAGUACUUUCUUGAAGCUUUUAUGAACUAUUUCAUUGAUGCGCCAACUAUAGCAGCAUCUUCUCGAAGCUUCGUUAGUACUGCAAUUGUACACACUAAAACAAUGUACUUGUCUUUGUAAAAAAAGAUAGAAACGAUGCACUUGUCUAAUGUUUCUUAUUUCUUCUUAAUGUUAAUUGUAUCGUAUUUCCUUUUGGCUCUAA